UUUCUUAAUUUGUUUGUGACGUGCGCUGUAUGUAAAAAGUGACGACACUCCUUUCCUUGUGUUUUCAAACACCAAGCAAGUCUGCAGUGCUCCAGGGCGUUUCGCCCUUUACCAGGUCGCUCUGUCCCCACUCGGAGAGCCUCAAUUUCUCAAGGCAAUCCCUGUAACACCAACUUUUUACAUUACCAAGACAUAAAAUAACCUUGCUUGCUUAUUUUAGCCGUCACUCUUCCCCAUGCUUGUCCCUCACGGUUGAGCGGCGCUGACCUGAUGACACCUGCUUACUGUCGUUAAACUCAGCAUUUUCAGAUAGCCAAGACAGGCCAUUCCCUGGUUGGAUGGGACCUUAUUGCAACAGCACGACUCCGCACAAGCCGCUUUGAAAAUCAAUCUGCAGACGUUUGCUUGAUCUCCAGACAGAAACUCUGAACCCACACUCACCCUUCCCACCCCAAUUCUCGCUCGAAGAUUGAAGCGCCUGGGAACCGUCUCCCUAACACUACCCAGGACUGGCCCAAGAGGGGAACUGGACCUUGCGCGCCUAUGAUCCCGGCGCCGCCACGUCUGUCGGCGUGCGUGACGCCAGCGCGCUUGCGCGCACGGAGGCCCGCCCCUACAUCCGGGGCCUGGACGGCAGCAGGGCCGCCGCGCGGAGGUCACGUGGCUCUUUCCUUUCCGUCUCUGGCCGGCUGGGCGCGGGCGACUGCUGGCGAGGCGCGUGGAACCUUACGCUGGUUCCCCUUCGUCUCCUCUCCCGGCCCGGGCCACUAGAGAGUUCGCUGACGCCGGGUGAGCUGAGCCUGCCGCCAAGAUGCCGGCCUAUUUUCAGAGGCCGGAAAAUGCCCUCAAACGCGCCAACGAAUUUCUUGAGGUUGGCAAAAAGCAGCCUGCUCUGGACGUUCUUUAUGAUGUUAUGAAAAGUAAAAAACAUAGAACAUGGCAAAAGAUACACGAACCAAUUAUGUUGAAAUACUUGGAACUUUGCGUGGAUCUUCGCAAGAGCCACUUGGCAAAGGAGGGGUUGUACCAGUAUAAGAACAUUUGUCAACAGGUGAACAUAAAAUCUCUGGAGGAUGUUGUUAGGGCAUAUUUGAAAAUGGCAGAGGAAAAAACUGAAGCUGCUAAAGAAGAAUCUCAGCAGAUGGUCUUAGAUAUAGAAGAUCUGGAUAAUAUUCAAACUCCUGAGAGUGUUCUCCUAAGUGCUGUAAGUGGUGAAGACACUCAGGAUCGUACUGACAGAUUACUUUUAACUCCAUGGGUUAAAUUCCUGUGGGAGUCUUACAGGCAGUGUUUGGACCUUCUUAGAAACAAUUCUAGAGUAGAGCGCCUUUAUCAUGAUAUUGCCCAGCAAGCUUUCAAAUUCUGCCUCCAAUACACGCGUAAGGCUGAAUUCCGUAAACUGUGUGACAAUUUGAGAAUGCACUUAUCGCAGAUUCAGCGCCACCAUAACCAAAGUACGGCAAUCAAUCUUAAUAAUCCAGAGAGCCAGUCCAUGCAUUUGGAAACCAGACUUGUUCAGUUGGACAGUGCUAUCAGCAUGGAAUUGUGGCAGGAAGCAUUCAAAGCUGUGGAAGAUAUUCAUGGACUAUUCUCCUUGUCUAAAAAACCACCUAAACCUCAGUUGAUGGCAAAUUACUAUAACAAAGUCUCAACUGUGUUUUGGAAAUCUGGAAAUGCUCUUUUUCAUGCAUCUACACUCCAUCGUCUUUACCAUCUCUCUAGAGAAAUGAGAAAGAAUCUUACACAAGAUGAGAUGCAAAGAAUGUCUACUAGAGUCCUUUUAGCCACUCUUUCCAUCCCUAUUACUCCUGAGCGUACGGAUAUUGCUCGACUUCUGGAUAUGGAUGGCAUUAUAGUUGAAAAACAGCGUCGCCUUGCAACACUACUAGGUCUUCAAGCCCCACCGACACGAAUUGGCCUUAUUAAUGAUAUGGUCAGAUUUAAUGUACUACAAUAUGUUGUCCCAGAAGUGAAAGACCUUUACAAUUGGCUUGAAGUGGAAUUUAACCCGUUAAAACUCUGUGAGCGAGUCACAAAGGUUCUAAAUUGGGUUAGGGAACAACCUGAAAAGGAACCGGAAUUGCAACAGUAUGUGCCACAACUGCAAAACAACACCAUCCUCCGCCUUCUGCAGCAGGUGUCACAGAUUUAUCAGAGCAUUGAGUUUUCUCGUUUGACGUCUCUGGUUCCUUUCGUUGAUGCUUUCCAACUGGAACGGGCCAUAGUAGACGCAGCCAGGCAUUGCGACUUGCAGGUUCGUAUUGAUCACACUUCUCGGACCCUGAGUUUUGGAUCUGAUUUGAAUUAUGCUACUCGAGAAGAUGCUCCGAUUGGUCCUCAUUUGCAAAGCAUGCCUUCAGAGCAGAUAAGAAAUCAGCUGACAGCCAUGUCCUCAGUACUUGCAAAAGCACUUGAAGUCAUUAAACCAGCUCAUAUACUGCAAGAGAAAGAAGAACAGCAUCAGUUGGCUGUUACUGCAUACCUUAAAAAUUCACGAAAAGAGCACCAGCGAAUCCUGGCUCGCCGCCAGACAAUUGAGGAAAGAAAAGAGCGCCUUGAGAGUCUGAAUAUUCAGCGUGAGAAAGAAGAAUUGGAACAGAGGGAAGCUGAACUCCAGAAAGUACGGAAGGCUGAGGAAGAGAGGCUGCGCCAGGAAGCGAAGGAGAGAGAGAAGGAGCGUAUCUUACAGGAACAUGAACAAAUCAAAAAGAAAACUGUUCGAGAGCGUUUGGAGCAGAUCAAGAAAACAGAACUGGGUGCCAAAGCAUUCAAAGAUAUUGACAUUGAAGACCUUGAGGAAUUGGAUCCAGAUUUUAUCAUGGCUAAACAGGUUGAACAACUGGAGAAAGAAAAGAAAGAACUUCAGGAACGCCUAAAGAAUCAAGAAAAGAAGAUUGACUAUUUUGAAAGAGCCAAACGUUUGGAAGAAAUUCCUUUGAUAAAGAGCGCUUACGAGGAACAGAGAAUUAAAGACAUGGAUCUGUGGGAGCAACAAGAGGAAGAAAGAAUUACUACAAUGCAGCUAGAACGUGAAAAGGCUCUUGAACAUAAGAAUCGAAUGUCACGAAUGCUUGAAGACAGAGAUUUAUUUGUAAUGCGACUCAAAGCUGCACGGCAGUCUGUUUAUGAGGAAAAACUUAAACAGUUUGAAGAGCGAUUAGCAGAAGAAAGGCAUAAUCGAUUGGAAGAACGGAAAAGGCAACGUAAAGAAGAACGCAGAAUAACAUAUUAUAGAGAAAAAGAAGAGGAGGAGCAAAGAAGGGCAGAAGAACAAAUGCUAAAAGAGCGGGAAGAGAGAGAGCGCGCUGAACGAGCAAAACGCGAGGAAGAGCUACGAGAGUAUCAGGAGCGGGUGAAGAAAUUAGAAGAAGUGGAAAGGAAAAAACGCCAAAGGGAGUUGGAAAUUGAAGAACGAGAACGUCGUAGAGAGGAAGAGAGAAGACUUGGCGAUAGUUCACUUUCUAGAAAGGACUCUCGUUGGGGAGAUAGAGAUUCAGAAGGCACCUGGAGAAAAGGACCUGAAGCAGAUUCUGAGUGGAGAAGAGGCCCGCCAGAGAAGGAGUGGAGACGUGGAGAAGGGCGAGAUGAGGACAGGUCUCAUAGAAGAGAUGAAGAGCGGCCCCGGCGUCUGGGCGAUGAUGAAGAGAGAGAGUCCUCUCUUAGACCAGAUGAUGAUCGGGUUCCCCGGCGUGGCAUGGAUGAUGACAGAGGCCCUAGACGUGGUCCUGAGGAAGAUCGGUUCUCUCGCCGUGGGGCAGACGAUGACCGGCCUUCUUGGCGUAACACAGAUGAUGACAGGCCUCCCAGACGAAUUGCUGAUGAAGACAGGGGAAGCUGGCGUCACGCGGAUGAUGACAGACCACCUAGACGAGGACUGGAUGAGGACAGAGGAAGCUGGCGAACAGCUGAUGAGGACAGAGGACCAAGACGUGGGAUGGAUGAUGACCGGGGGCCGAGGCGAGGCGGCGCUGAUGAUGAGCGAUCAUCCUGGCGUAAUGCUGACGACGACCGGGGUCCCAGGCGAGGGUUGGAUGACGACCGGGGUCCCAGGCGAGGGUUGGAUGACGACCGGGGUCCCAGGCGAGGCAUGGAUGAUGACCGGGGUCCCAGGCGAGGUUUGGAUGAUGAUCGAGGACCUUGGAGAAAUGCCGAUGAAGAUAGAAUUCCCAGGCGUGGUGCAGAGGAUGACAGGGGCCCUUGGAGAAACAUGGAUGAUGAUCGGCUUUCCAGACGUGCUGAUGAUGAUCGCUUUCCCAGACGGGGUGAUGACUCAAGACCUGGUCCUUGGAGACCAUUAGUCAAGCCAGGUGGAUGGAGAGAGAAAGAAAAAGCCAGAGAGGAGAGCUGGGGUCCACCUCGAGAAUCAAGGCCAUCAGAAGAACGUGAAUGGGACAGAGAAAAAGAAAGGGACAGAGAUAAUCAAGAUCGAGAGGAGAAUGACAAGGAACCCGAGAGAGAAAGGGACAGAGAGAGAGAUGUGGAUCGAGAGGAUCGCUUCAGAAGACCUAGGGAUGAAGGUGGCUGGAGAAGAGGACCAGCUGAGGAAUCUUCAAGCUGGAGAGACUCAAGUCGUCGGGAUGAUAGAGAUAGGGAUGACCGUCGCCGUGAGAGGGAUGACCGGCGUGAUCUAAGAGAAAGACGAGAUCUAAGAGAUGAUAGGGACCGAAGAGGACCUCCGCUCAGAUCAGAACGUGAAGAAGUAAGUUCUUGGAGACGUGCUGAUGACAGGAAAGAUGACCGGGCAGAAGAGCGGGACCCUCCUCGUCGAGUUCCUCCCCCAGCUCUUUCAAGAGACCGAGAAAGAGACCGAGACCGAGAAAGAGAAGGUGAAAAAGAGAAGGCCUCAUGGAGAGCUGAAAAAGAUAGGGAGUCUCUUCGUCGUACUAAAAAUGAGACUGAUGAAGAUGGAUGGACCACAGUACGACGUUAAGUCUCAAGAUAAUGGAUUUAAACUGGUGUCUUAAAUAGGUUUGAUCACAUUCAAGGAUUAUUAUACUUGUGCUUCAACCAAUCUAAAUUGGAUUCUUUAAUGUUGUUUCACCAUAACACAAAAAGCAUGAACUUGUAUUAAUCCUAUAUAAUAGAUUGAUCAUGCACCAUAUCCACAGGAGGUUGGAAAAACCAUGCCAUUUUCUGGAAUUUAAGGGUGUUGCAUUAUUUCAUCAAUCAUUUGUUGACAAAAAAGAAAAACUAAAAAAUAAAUUUAAAAUGUGAACUUUCAGGUAUUGAGUAACACCUUUAUCUUGGUAUAGAACUGAUAUAUUUUUUUUUAUUUUGAAAUAUCUGAUAUUAAUUUGGAAUGAAGUAAGGUUCUGUUAAAGAAAAUAUAUUUGAAGACCCUUUAAAGCAGUGAAUCUGAAACAAUUUUCACACUUUUACGUGGUUAUGUACCUAUUUUAGGUAUUUUGAGGUAUUUACCAUAAACUAAAUUUAGAAAGUUUUUAGAUUCACUUGAAGUAAACAUUAUAAACAUUGGAUACGGUGGGGUUUUCUUUAGAUUUUACUUGAGAGAAGGUGGGUACAAAGCAAUUUGCAGUUGUUGUAAUGACAAGAAGAAUACUGCGCAAGUGUGAAUCCAAACAGUAUAGCUUUUAAAUUUUAAAGCAUUUGGUAAACUAUCGCUGAGUUUUUUUCUGUUGCCAAUAGUAAACUGCUUUUCCAUUAAUGGAGAAUUCAUGCCUUUCAAGCAUUUUAAAUAUGACAGUAUUUAUAAAUGUAUGGUUUGGAGGAAUCGUUUAAAUUCUUUCCUAAUUUUCUUUCUCUUCAAGAUAGAUUCUUUCAACAAGUAAUUUGUAGUAAUGACUGUGUUGACUUCAAUUUUGGAGUGUAGUAGCUAUGUUAAAGAUUAACUAUUUGGUCUCAUUGAAGCCAACACAGAACUUGCUGCUGUGUUUUUUCUUCAGUGAUAAAUAAAAUACUUACAGAAUUUGUUUUAGUGUUGAUUUGUGGUUAUAGUAUUUUGUUUAUGGUAAGUUUGCAUCUUCAGUUGAGUUUUUUUACUUGAAUUUUUAUCAGUGCCAUUAAAUGUCUCUGUUUAGUAUCAAUGAAUAUGAACCUAAAUAUAACAAAGAAAGCAUAUGUGGCUAGGAUGUCUCCCCUAAAAUGUCUUCCUUUGUUAAUGCAGAAAUUCCUUAGUUUCCUUGUAAAGCUGUCCUCUGAGUUUGUGUGUGCAUGUGCGUGUUUGAAGUACCACCUUGGGUUUUCACCUGAAAUUAGAAAAAUCAUAGUUAAUUUGAGAAAAUGUUACAAAUUCAUCAUGGCUGUAGGCACUUCUUAUUUCUGUUACUGAGUAGUGGUGAGAAUUCCUAUUGGUACAGCUGGAGGGCCAGAAGAGGGAGUAUUGAUGCUUUUUAACUUAACCAGAUACAGCCUUUUUUGUUUGAUGUUACCAAUGACAGAAAUCAUUUUAAACACCUUUCUUAGUAUCUGGUAUUUCAAAUAUGUAGAAGUCUUUAAAGGUCUUUUGUGGGGAGAAGGACUUUUCUUUCAUAACAAGAGAAUUUCAGAUCAGUGAUUAUCAGUGGGGCAGUAACCUGCUAAGAGUUUGCUUCCUGGAGAGUAGAUCUGUAUGUGUGACAUCACAGGUAAGCCCCAACAAUUUAUUUAAUCAGAUUUGUUCAGAUGAGUUACUGUUGGCCACGUUAGGGUUAGGUUUUAAGGCUAGUCAGGAAACCCAUUCUUUCUGCUCAGUUUCCCGUACUGUUCUCCCAAGUUCUUUGUCCUGGGAGCAGAACCCAAGUGCAAGAGGAGGGCAGAAGAGUCUGAUGCUGUUACCUUGCGAUCCUGCUCUUGGUUUCCACUGCCCAGGCUGUACAACUCUGUCUACUCCCACUAGUAGUUACCAACAGGUGUUAAAGGAAAGCUGAACAAGCAGCCUACUCGCUGAUCUGCUAGGUGGUCUUCCAUGUUCCUGGUGGCUUCUGCAGUUUCACUGAGAGUAACAUUGCUGUUAAUACAGAUAGAUCCGAUAGUAGAGACAUCAUCGGUCCAAAAAAGACUCUGCAUCUCAUUAGUUGUCCAUAGUGGCUACCAGGAGGUGGUUGGCAUCUAUAAUGUGUGGGACGUUUUUAUGUCAAGAAAUGCCUUUUUUUUUUUUUUUUAAACCAAAGACACUGACCAUAGAUUUAUAAUUUUAUAAGUCUAAUUGAAAUACAUGGGGUACUGUGAAAGGACUGUUGCUUGAGUGGCUACGAUUAGAAAAUCAGGACUAACAAACUUUUCUUUGUCUGGAAGCAUAUAUAUUUGUGAUAAAAUUUUAAUAUGUAUAAUUUUGGUUUAAUAAAUCAAAUCUAUGACAAAA